AUGUCGUGGAAUUUUUCGGGCUCCAUGAAUGGGGUGAGCGGGGUAAAUAUGGGUCCGGUGCAUAAUACGGGCAACAUGGGUCCGGUAAACGUAGGCAAUAAUGCCGGCCUUCAUGUAAAUGGUCCUGGGUUAGACGACAAAAACAAAGUGUACCGGGAGGUGGAGAACCUAAAGAAAGUCAACUCGGCCUAUAUUGCAAAAUAUUACGAUUGGUGGAUCGGUGAAAAAACAUUCUACAUCAUCAUGGAGUAUUGCCCUGAUACUUUGCGCAAGAUCAUUAAUUUAAGACCAGCGGUAUUUACGCGAAAUUACGGGCAAACAAUGGGCGACUUGGAGUACUACAUGUCGUGCGAGAUCUUCCGCCAGACGCUAGAGUGCGUGCAAUAUAUCCACGAAUUGUGUCCACCCGUAAUUCACAGAGACCUGAAACCGGAAAACAUAUUGAUUUCGUAUGAUAGUAAGCAUGAUCGUUUUGUCAAGCUGUGCGAUUUCGGAUUGGCCGCCGUGCACCAUAAGACGAUAGAUAAUCAAGGUUCCAACGCGCAUACCAUGGACGUUGGCACGGUCGGCUAUCAAGCGCCUGAAAUUGGUAAAGGUGUCAAAUACGAUCACAAAUCGGACGUGUACAGCUUGGGCGUUAUUGGCGCGGAGUUAUUUGAGCUUGAUCGAGUAAAAUUAGAGAAGUAUAAUUAA